GCUCUGACAGGAAGUCAGGCUGAACCUCCAUCAUCAGUGUGCUUGCUGCUCCGAGAAAAACUCGGUUUAUUACAAACUGAUCAUCAACAGAUGCUUGUUUUUAAUUUAAGACACUGAACAAACAUGUGGGUCCGCUGGAAAACGGACUUUGAUGGAGUUUUGGUGCAUUUUAAAACAUUUUAGGAGAGAAAUGAGCGGGGAAAGCAGCCGAUACGCGCCGGUCGCGCCGGUGAAUGUGUGAAUUUUGAAGGCUCCGCAAACCAAAUGCGGAGCUGAACAUGACUUCAGUAUGAAGAGACACAAUUCCGCCAUCAGCUGUUUCACCGGCAGCCUGCAGCUUUUCUCCCACAUUUAGUUUGGAGCCUUUUAUCGGUGCAGAGAAAACACAAGUGGCGGCGUCCAGCCCGCACGGAAGCGCCGCGAGCUGGGCUGAGUCUCCACGGUUCUCAUGGUGUGUUUAAGUACAGCCUCCUGCUCGCAGCGUUCCAUCAUUCACUCUCGUAUUAUCGUGAGAAGGAACAACUACAAGCGAAAUAUGGCAGAGGUAGCCCCUGCUCCAGCCGCCGCAGCUGCUCCGGCCAAAGCAGCCAAGAAGAAGGUGUCCAAGCCGAAGAAGGCUGGGCACAGCGUCGGGGAGCUCAUCGUUAAAGCCGUGGCCGCAUCCAAGGAGCGGAGCGGCGUGUCCGCGGCCGCCCUGAAGAAGGCUCUGGCUGCCGGAGGUUACGAUGUGGAGAAGAACAAGGCCCGCGUCAACGCCGCUUUCAAGAGUCUGGUGGUGAAGGGGACUCUGGUCCAGACAAAAGGGACCGGGGCCUCCGGCUCCUUCAAGAUCAACAAGAAGGCGGAGACCAAGCCCAAGAAGGCGGUGAAGAAAGCCGCUCCUAAAGCCAAAAAGCCCGCAGCUAAGAAACCCGCGGCGGCCAAAAAGCCCAAAGCAGCGGCAGCCAAGAAGCCAGCAGCCGCCAAAAAGUCUCCCAAGAAGGUAAAGAAACCCGCAGCGGCCAAGAAGGCGACCAAGAGCCCCAAGAAAGCUACCAAGAGUCCCAAGAAGGUGGUGAAGAAGGCCCCCGCAGCCAAGAAGACCCCCGUCAAGAAAGCUGCCAAGCCCAAAGUAAAGAAGGCUGCAGCCAAGAAGAAGUGAGCUGCUUCAAGACCAACAACAUCCCAACAAAAGGCUCUUUUAAGAGCCACCACAUCUUCCUCAAAGAGCCUGUUCCCACUCAUUCGCGUCAUUAACCACACGAUACAGUAAUUAUAUCAGGAGGAUGGGGGUGAAAGCACAUUAAGAAAUAAAUUAACUUCAUUUUCUAAAAAGAAAAGGUAAAUGCAGGUCAGCCAGCCAUGUAUUCUCCGUCUUAUUGUUUAACUAGUUUUUCAUGCGUUGUAUUAAAAGGCUGUUUCUACUUGUAUCACGUCCUCCAGCAAAAACACAAGACCCAACUCUUAACUUUGUCUUCAUUCAGCAACAAGCAAGCCCCUAAAUAUCUCAGUUUUUCAGAUUCAGUCUGAAGUGAAUGUGAGCAGCUGCUACUCGUCUGUGUGGAAGUUCAGGAUGAGACUGAGCAGCUCAACAUGACUAAUGUAUCGCGAGUGUUCACCAACAUAUAGUCAGACAAUAAAGCACAUUUCUAAUUCCUCACUGAUUGUAUUCUGGAUGAUGGAGAAAAGUAUCUGGAUUUGAGUGC